AUGGCACUUUCUGAUGAUAUUCCCAAUUUAUCUUGCAGAUUAACAGAUUCAAACAUUGAAUUUACUGUUCAGUUUGUCCAAGGAAUAUUUGUGGAAAAAUAUGAUCCAACAAUAGAAGAUAGUUAUCGUAAGCAAGUUGAAGUUGAUGGACAGCAAUGCAUGCUGGAAAUCUUGGAUACUGCAGGCACAGAACAAUUUACUGCAAUGCGAGAUUUAUACAUGAAAAAUGGACAGGGAUUUGUUUUGGUAUAUUCAAUUACAGCACAAUCCACUUUCAAUGAUUUACAAGAUUUGAGAGAACAGAUACUCAGAGUUAAAGAUACAGAUGAUGUGCCAAUGAUUCUAGUAGGAAACAAGUGUGAUUUGGAAGAUGAAAGAGUAGUUGGUAAAGACCAAGGUGCAAAUCUGGCUCGUUCUUUUAAUAAUUGUGCCUUUCUCGAAUCAUCUGCUAAAGCCAAAAUUAACGUGAGUGAGAUUUUCUAUGAUCUUGUAAGGCAAAUCAAUAGAAAAAAUCCAGAGAAGAAAAUAAAACCACCACCAAAAAAAUGUACAAUUCUGUAACCUAGGUUUCAGGUAAAGCAAGACAGGAAGGGCACCAGUAGGAGACUGCACACUACGAAUUGUAAUUUCUGCUACGGGCUGUAAUGGCUGUUCUGUGUAACAUGUACUAGUAAAGACAAUUCACUUCAAAUCUAUCUUGAUGGAUAAUUCACUCAUUAAUGACCAAUGGAAUCAUUGCUUCAUUUCUGUAGUUGGAUUGUUUAAUACUUUUAUCAUUGUAUUUUGAUCAUUGUGUUUAAAAUAGUUCUUCUCUAAUACUAAAGCAUUCUCAUAACUUCAGCAAAUUUGCAAAUUGUAUUGUGGAUGUUGUUGUAACUUAUGUUUUAAUGUAUGCAUCAUGCCACAUUUACUGGACCAGAUAUAUAAGGUCACGGGGAAUUAUACAUUAAAAAAAAAUCAGACGGGUGACUGUUGUCAAGUGUGUGUUUCUAUGGAAGGUGUUUGCCACUGCCAAUAUAGAUUUUCAAUUAACAGUACACAAAGAUUCGAAAGCAAAGUUGUUAAUCUGUUAGACUUGUAUACGAAAUCGGAAUUGUUGGUAAGAAUUAUGGUGCUAAAAAGAAUGAGUAAUACCAGAAGAAUUGUUCUUGUGCUUUUAUUUUGGUAGAUACCUUGAUUAGUCAGUGUUUUUGUAUUGCAAGCUCAGAUUUUGUGGAAGUUUAGCUGCCCAUUAUCCUGUAUCACAUAAUUUGUCUUCCCAAUGUUCCUUCAAAUACGGACAACCGUGGGGGUGGUUGUUUUAGAGUUUAAUCUAAUGACCAUUGGGGGUAGCGUAUAUAUAUAAAUAUAUAUUCAUUUUUAAUGUUUAUUUUUAAUACAAGAAUAUGCUUUUUAUGAUAACAAGUAAAUGUUAGUGAGAAUAAGUGUGAAACCUGUCAUAUAUCAAACACUGUUAAUCAAUACAGGGUAAUGUUACAUGUGGCAAUUGUGGGAAUUUCCUAGAAAACUUCCCAUCCUGCAUUUUCCUAUCAUGUUUUAUCAGCUAAAGGAAGUUGUUUUUUGUACAAAAAUCCUGGAAUUCUGCAGAAAGAAAAAAGUAAUGUUUUGGUAAUAGAGAUUUGUGUACUGUUGUUGGAAAGUGUGAUAUGCAGUAACCAUUUCCAAAACUGCAUUGCAUGAGUUUGAUGUAGCAGGUUUCACAAUAAAUAGUGUACAGUGGCACAGUCAGUUAAUAAAUUUAAUGGAAGUUUUCAUUGGAACGUGUUUUGAUAACUGGAAAUAAACUUGCAUUGAAGUAACA